AUGGACUCCACCAACCCUGACCACGAAGCUGAGGCAGAAGUCCAUGCCGACAACUUGCUCCAAACUUCUAUCAGCCUCAAGGAAAAGGUCAAAGAUAAAGCUCGCAAGAUCAUGCACCUGCCUGAAGAUCCCGCCCAACGGGAAUUCUCCCAACAAGAAAUCUUUGCCGAUCCCGCUUUCAAUCCUUCUCAAGUCCUCGACCAGAAAUCUCCCCCAAAGCCAGAUAGGACUUCUCGUGAGAGUGUUUCCGAUGGUCUGAAGGACUUCAAGUAUCUGGUCGCCCAUCCGAGACAGGUCAUGCGGAGUAAAGCUACUCGUGUUGCGGCUGAGAAGAUCGGUUCUGCUCGACACCCCUUUCAAGCUCAAGAUCAUGAUCGAGAACUCAUCGAUGCGCAUGAUACUCUAGCACAUGUCGCCACAAAUAUCGACCCCGGCUCUGGUGUCGGGAAAGACCAGGUAGACGAUGCCUGUGAUCGAGUUGCCGAAGUGGAAAGUCAAAGAGAAAGUGUACAAACUGCUUGGAUUCUUGGUCGUCAUGUCAAUCGUGUCAAAGCUAUUCAUCCAAUUCCCCGCCCUGAACAAUCAGAUCACACAACAAUUGAGAAUGGUGAGUCCCGUCUUCAAUGGGAGAAGUAUCUGGGAAGAUUGGCUCUCUUCCACACACAAGGCUUCACCUCGCAUUAUGUUGAUGAUUUCGAGUCUGCUCCAUUUGAUCUCGAAGAUCUCGCUCGAAUCAUUGAAAGAUUGGCCAUCACCAGUGCUCCAUGGCAAGCAUUUCUCAUGGAAGUAAGAAAUGUAUACACUUGGAAGGAUCCGAAAUGCACUGCAAAGUGGGCAGUGCUAUUCUGGAGCCUGUGGUACACCGAGCAUAUUGGUGCCUAUUUCUGGUUCUGGAUCAUUUAUUCCACCGUUCGCAGCAAAUUCCAGCCCACCUCAGUUGAGAGGAUUCGAGACAGUGUGACUCGAGCGUUUGAUCGUGGGAGCAAAGUUCAAGCUUGGGGUGAGUUGUUACAACAACAUGGAAAACAGGAUUGGAUUGAGCCACUGCUGGAUGACAUGGGACCUCUCAUUCAACGACAACUCGGUGACCUGGCCGAUUUCCUUGAAGUGUUGAUCAAUUUUCAUCGACACGAACGUCCAAACAAAACCAUGGCUUCAUUGUUCUUCUUCCUCAGUUGUCUAGCAGUCGCUUUAUUCGCCGACAUGGCAUUCUGUGUCAAACUUGUUUGGUUCAUCCUUGGUGGUGGUUUCUUCGUCUCCUUCCCGAUUGCUUCGAGAUAUCCCAAAUAUCGAUUGCUGGUAUCACAUUGGCGGUUGAUGUUUUGGGAUAUCCCAACACAUGCCGAGCUUGCUAUCCUACAAUUGCAAGAAAAAGCCGUUAUCAGGGACGCUAAUUUCAUGGAAUUCGAGCUACGGGAACCAGACGAGUCUGCACAAGAUUACACUACCAAUGAUGAGGCCCAUAAGUUUCUUGUCCACCACGACAUGGAAGGAAAGGGAGAGUUGGAAAUCAGCAGAUCUGGCAUUGAAUACUCUAGCAACGUAGCCGUACAAUUCUGGGGAUUCUCUUCGCUAUCAGAAAUGCGCAAAUCCAGUGAUCUGGAGACUGAAAAGACUUUGCACAACCUUCGCAAGCUUGGUUCACGAUCAGGAGAGAUAUUGCAUUUCAUCUUCUCAACAUCGGAAUUGAAACUUCUCCUGCAUCCAGCCGACCGCAAUCGUGCUUUUAAUCUUGUACUCGCUUGGAGUGGAUUGAAAUGGCAAAGUCUGCAAAUGGAGAGACGGAGAGGUGGUAGGGACAAUCUGGACACUGCUAUCAAACGUGCCUUUCAGUGA